GUGUGUGUGAUAGCGGUGCUGCAGGUACAGCGUCAGGCAGCGGAUUUUGCGUUUCGUUCCAGUCCUGGAACAUCAGAACCCAGGCUCCGGAGAUACUCCUUUUCUCCUGCAAUGUCGGGCGGAGGCGACGUUCGUGUGCUCCGCCAAGAAUCCGGGCAGGAGAGCCCGAGGAUGCCGGCCUGGAAACGAGAGAUCCUCGAACGGAGGAAAGCAAAAGGCAGCGGGUCUGGAGCAGGUGGCGAGUCUUCAUCGAGCGCAACCACAUCUCGUGUCAAUGGCGAGGUAACAGGAAAUAGCGGAUCUAAAAAUAAGGACGAUGCCAGCGGCGCUAAUCCUAACGGGAACUAUACCAUCACCCCUGCCAACCAGUUUUUCAGUAGCAAGCGUGGCAGCGGCACCCCCAAAUCCCCGGAGCUCUCACCGGUGAAAACAAAAGAGCUGUGGACGGCCAUAGAAUCCUACGACCCAAAAUCAGCUGAGAGUAAGGUAAGGGACAACGGAACUGAAGAGAGCCUAGUAUUACAGGAGAGUUUAGGUCCGUUGGAGGAAAACCCUUUUAUUAAAUUAGAGAAGGAGCGAAAGAAGCAACUGGAUCGGGAUAGCUCAGGUCCCAUGCAACACAUAUUGGAACUGUAUGGCAGUGUUCCUGGAAUUCGGACUAUUCGUGCAGAGAACAUCAUCAUUAUCGAAUCCGAUCCUGAUUACUUUCCGGAGGGAAGCGGCAUUAAACAUGCAUCUAAACUGCAGCAGAACGGUGUAAGUAGCUAUAGCUCUCUUAACGAUCUGUUAGAAAGGAGAGGUAGUCCGGUUACGGAGAUACGCGCAAAGGAGGUAGUUAUUUAUGAUUCCGCACUCAGUAAAAGCGAGGAGAACUUAAGCACUGUGGGUCACGGUUCGGAACUGGCCGACCUUGCUGACAGUCAGGGCAGGGUGAGUCGCAUGCUGCAGAAAUUCGACCGUAACUACGGUAAACUGCAACCCAGGUCGCGGAGCACUGAGAACCUCUUAGAGUUAGAUUCUACUUCCGUGAGGCCAAGAUCCCGACCACCACCAAAGCCAGAUCUGGUGCCAAAGUCAGUCACAUCCUCUGUGCCCGGCUCGCCCGUACACACCUUGGACAGGUCAGUGCCGUUCAGCCCACAGAUUUCUCAGUCUUCCAAAACAAAAGCACAGCCUCCUCUUUCUGAUGUGGAGAGCCCUCCUGCUUCCCCUCAGCCCGUGUCUGCCCUCCUCCGGAGCUUGGAGUCCAGCCGUGGUGGUCGUCGGAUCACCAUCAACCCAAGAGAGGAGGCAGACAGGGUCGGUUCCUCCAAGCCCAUCCGUGAGCGAGAAUGGGAUCAAACAGAUGGGUCCUCCAAGCCUCCCAAGGUGCCAUGUUCUCCAGUGCGUGCACGUGCCGACGUCUCAGAUGACGGCCCCGGCUCCCCCCAGCCACCGGGUUCCCCCACGUCACCCACCUUCGAGUUUCGCCCGGCCCCCCGGCCGGACCUCUCCCUGGUCCCCACCGGCGACCUGCAGGCCCGCGCUCUCGCCAACCUGCGCCUGCAGUCCCGCAAGUCCUUCACGGUCAUCCCCAAGGCUCGCCGCAGCUCCUCCGUCUCCUCUGCCUCCUCCCCGGGUAGCACCACGCCCUCCAGCCCGGUCCUGUCCCCCCCGCCGUCUUCCCAGCGGCCGUCCGAGCCGACCACCUUCCCUGCCCCCCUGAACUCGACUCUAGCAGCAGCCGCCGCAGCAGUGCCAACCAGUCGGGUCGUGCCGCCCCCGACGCCGCCCGUCUCCAAAAAGCGCGAGUCCGAGAGGGGUCCCAGGCCAGCCAAAAAGGAGCUGCUGCUCGGUCAGUCUGUGCCCAGCAGUCCAACACCUGCGUUGCCCACCUCCCCCGCGCCCCCCUCACAGCCCAAGACCGAACCGGUGGCCCAGCCAUCCCCGCCACUGCCUGCUGAGAAACUUCCGGUCACCAACAUUGACGAUGUGGACGUGGAGCCCACACCACCUGGUCAGCCGAGCGCCAGCCCCGUGGUGCAGAAGCGUAAGGGCAACACGUUCACGGUGGUGCCCAAGCGCAAGCAGGAGCCACAGGCAGCCUCACCCGAUCCCCAGGACUCGGCCGCUGGGUCACCCGUGGCGGGUGCUGGGGCCUCCCAGGCCCCCUACGCCCAGCUGGGCACGCUGCUGAAGAAGCGCUACCCGGCGGUAGACGAGAUCGAGGUCAUCGGUGGCUAUCUGUCACUUGGCCGUUCCUGCCUGUCCACAUCUGGAUCCACAGGCAGAAAGCUGAAGAUCUCCUUCAAUGAGUCGAGUCUGCAGAGCACGUUCGAGUACCCGUCCGAGAACAGCAUGUGGGGCAGCGGAGACGAGGAGGACGAGGAAGAGGAGGAGGAGGAGGAGGAGGUGGACGGUGGAAGGCCGAGGAAGGAAGAGGAGCGGAGCCUCCUGGAGCGUGUGCGGAUUCCGCGAGCCAGCUUCACCAGCUCCCCCACACACACCACCACCACCACCAACAACAGCACUGAUCUGUCAAACUACACACCGAAGCACGGUAUGGAUUACAGUGCCUAUCAAGACAAGCAUGAUGGGUCCCAUUCUCAACGCACAGAGACGCCCCAAGAGGAGGUCAUGCUCACGCCGGCCGAUAGCUCCUCCUUGUCAGACUUCAGCAGUGAACCAGCUCUCUACUUCUGAACCUCUGGAACCUUCUGGAAUGCCACGGGACCAACCACUGCCUGCCAGCACCAGCCCACACACACACACACACACACACACACACACACACACACACACACACACAUACACACACACAUACACACAGAGAUACAGACACAGAUACAGACACAAACACACACCAGUGGGACCAAAAAACCCAGCAGGACAUAAAAUGUCAAUCCAGUUCAGACUUUUUCAACACAGCACACACACACACACACACACACACACACACACACACACACACACACACACACACACACACACACACACUUAUAUACGCAAAGAUACACACAACGGAUAUUCAGUCUCUAUUACAUACAAACUCACAGACACACACACACACACACACACACACACACACACACACACACAGGAAGCAGCAGGACUGGCCACAUCAUCAGAGACCCUUAUGCAGUUUAUUCGUCAUCCACUUCCAUGACUGACAAACUGUGACUGCCCCUCCAGGAUGCAGGUUCCAGAUUGGAGACCACGCCUGAUUGUCAAAGUACCCCACCCACCCCCACCUGAAACUGUGCGGGGGAGGGGGGUGCGACUUCUGCCUCUCGGCGUGGCGGCCAAAACGGACUUACUAGCCUCGUAGCAUUAGCCUUCUCUGCCUUUUAAAAGCUUCUCUGUCUCUCUCAUGUAUUAGCACCCCCGUUGCCGUUGGUGUUAGCGGGGGUGGCUGCGGCGGUGGUCGUCGAUCUCAUCACCUCAUGAAAAAGUAAGUGACCAAAUUUUUUGUCGUUGUUGUUGUUUUGACGAGCAGGAAGCCCUCUGUGCCCAUCCUCACUGCCUGUGAGACUCAAACUGUGGAGUGCAAGAGGAGGUUCAAGAAUGUACACCUACAAACUCCUCAGAGUCGAGUGGAGGUGGAGGAGGAGGAAGAGCAAUCGGAGGAGAGAACCUGAUACAUGAAUUGAGUAAAUUAGAAAAAAAGAGAAGAUGGGGGAUUAAAAAAAGAAAAAAACGUCUGAUUUUACCAGUGAAAGGGUGCCACAGUACCACUUGUUUGUGAUGCUUAUUAUUAUGAUUAUUUUUUUGUAUCUGCAUGUGUAGAUUCCUCAUUGACUUGCCCCUCCAAUCCCAUCCCUCUCCUCAUCCCUGCAAAGUUAGUCCCUGGUUGGAUGAUUGUGUAUGUCUUGUAGUUUUGUAUUUCAUGAUGGUUGUAAUGAAACUGUGUUAAAAGAUUGGAGAGAAGAAUUCUCCAGACUUCUUAGCCUAGUGUAUCUGUAGGGCCAAGAACCAAGCAAGCAUCGCUAAGGUCUCUGUCUUAUUUUAGCACUCCUAUGUAACCAACUUUAAAUCAAACAGAAAAUCAGAAUGUCAUGCUAUAUGAAGGAUGUAAUCUUUGAGCUUUGCGCUAUAUCCAGAUGCCUUUAUGCGUUUACAUUGCUCAAAAUUAACUUUUAUAUACAGUGUAAUUUGGGUUAAGAUUUUGUAUUUACCAGCUGAAGCUUGCUUAGGAGACACACAUCUCUAAUAGUGACCCCUCAAUCUUAAUAGCAAUGGUUUUCUCUCCAUGUCCCAGCAGAAGCUGAUGCACAUAGCCCAUACCAGCCAUGUUUCAGUAUUUUAAUAGCUCUUGGUCUUAACAGUCGUAAGUAAACACUUGUCUGAACUGGUCAGUAUAUAGACAGACGCCAGCUGGAAGAUAAAUAUUACCCAUAUGGUUGAGCCCUGUGUGUAUGUUAGCCCCUGUAUGUGUGUGUGGUGAGAGGUUGAAGUACGUGAGGAAAUUGAACUGACUUUACAUUGCUGGACGGCUGUUAAGUCUUUUUUUCUCUCCUUUUUUUUUAUACACACAAUGCCAACUUUUGUGAGUGUGCGUGUGUGUGUGUGUUAGGGCUGGGCGGGUGGCCUCCACUUACUAAAAACGAUCGGUUCUGCCUCAGCCAGUAUUGUUGUAUAGUUUCUAUAGCCCAGGAUAAUGGUGUUUUCACGAUUAGUAAUUUAUUACAUGGCUUUUUUUUUGUUAUUAUUGUUUUUUUUUUUUCUAUAAAGGGCUUGGUGAGUAGCCCUCUGGAACUGAGGCCACAGUGCCGGAGAGCUUUGUCCUGCUUUUUUCUUUUUUAAACUGUACUUAGAUCAUGAUUGACAUCAUGUAGAAAGAAAAAAAGGAAGGCAUGUAUAUACACAAAAAGUGGUGGCUGGAGUCUCCAUUCUUGUUCAGUUGUCUGUGUUUUUACUUUAUAUUUGCACUUGUCAUUUUACUUUCUAUAUUUUGCACUUCUUCAUUAAGCAAGACCAACUGUACACAUACUGUAGAAAGAAGACCUCAGUGACAGCUUACCAGUUUUUUUUUCAAAUAUGGCGAAAGAAAUAGGGAGGCACUGACCCCUCUGAAAGAGUCCCAUUUAAACCACAACAAAAAAAAACAACUCCUAGCAAAGGAAUUAUUUAUACAAAACACCGUUUCGUGCUAGAGAAAACAACCACUGAAGGGACCACUCCCAAGGCCUGAGAAUGCGACGUCGAGACAUGCCUGUUGUGGCUUUACAAGCACUUGCCUUGUCUUUGCCAGUCUGCCUCUUGGGCAAAUCGUAUUCCAGUAGGGAUACGUGACACUAGCGGGCUUGUGGAACGGCCUGAACUGCCACGCAACGCGAUAGGCUCUGGUGACACGGGGGGGGAGAGAGAGUCUAGAGAUGUCUUAGUUCUUCAAACUUAUUUCCUGAAGAAUCCGAGCCACUCUCGUGUGUCUGAUAAUUCGUCUUUUUCUGUUGUUGUUGUUCUGUUUGAAUUUAUAUACUGUAUUUGUCACUCCAGCUGCCGAGAAGAUUCAACUGUGCAAUUUGUAUUCAUCAAGGAUUUCAGCAGAAAAAAAAAACUGUCAGAAAAAAAAGGUUAAUAAACAAAGCUGCAAAAGAAA